AUAGAGAGAAGUUAUUACCCAAAAUGAAGUGUCACAAUAAAUUGAAACUUACUAAAAUAGAAAGUGUCACAACUAAAUUGAAACGGAGGAAGUAACUUAUUGAAGUUUAUUUUACAAGGCGUCAAAACUUAUCUUUAUAACCCAACUCUUGAAAAGAUUGGUGACUUACAAUACAUUAAAUGACCUUCAUUUCGGUUUAUCGUUUUAAAUUCUGAUGUUAUUAUACUAUCACUGUUGUGCAUGUUUUUGUAACUUGAGGCACGCAUUGCGUGCAUUUGAAUUUGGUUGGAACUUAUGUGAACUUUUUCAAAAUUACUAAUACUUAUCUCAACUAGUCAUUAAUUAUGUGAAGUCUAAGUGACGCAAAAAAGAUAUGGUUUGUUACAACAUGUAAAAGCAUUAAGUGGUUUAUGGUUACAGGAAAGGAACAGAUUGAUUGUAAACUUAGUUCAAAGAGGUAAAGUUACUUGAUCUUUUGAUCUUCUGAUAUGAAGCAUAAAGAUUUUGCUGGUUACUGGAAGUAUAUUUUUUUAAGGGAGAAAGUUACUCUCCAAACUAUUUGAUGAAUUAUACAUGCAUUGUUGAUUUGUUUAGCUGAUAAGCUGAGCUUUCGAUAUCUUACUGCCUUACUGGAGAUUUUUGUUUGGAAAUAAAAUUUCAGAAACAUGGAGUUCACAGAUGCUUAUAAGCAGACUGGUCCUUGUUGUUUUUCUCCCAAUGCUCGCUACGUUGCUGCUGCAGCUGAUUAUCGUCUGGUGGUCCGUGACACUCUAUCAUUUAAGGUGGUGCAGUUAUAUUCUUGCUUAGAUAAGAUAAGCUACAUUCAGUGGGCCCUUGAUUCUGAGUACAUACUAUGUGGUCUCUAUAAGAGACCAAUUAUACAAGUAUGGUCAAUAACUCAACCCGAGUGGACGUGUAAAAUAGAUGAAGGUCCAGCUGGUAUUGCUUAUGCUAGGUGGAGCCCUGAUAGUCGUCACAUACUCACUACUUCAGAUUUCCAGUUACGGCUGACAGUUUGGUCUCUACUGAACACUGCUUGUGUACAUGUGAAAUGGCCAAAGCAUCCUGUCAAGGGAGUUUCAUUCACUAAAGAUGGCAAGUUUGCUGCAGUAUGCACAAGACGUGACUGCAAGGAUAAUAUCAAUCUGUUGUCUUGUGAUUCAUGGGAGAUAAUGGGUGUUUUUGCUGUUGACACAUUGGAUUUGGCUGAUAUAGAGUGGUCACCUGAUGAUAGUGCUAUUGUCGUCUGGGAUUCACCUCUUGAGUACAAGGUCCUGAUUUACACACCUGACGGGCGGUGUCUAUUGAAGUAUCAAGCAUAUGAAAGUGCUUUGGGUGUCAAGAGUGUUUCAUGGUCUCCUUGUGGUCAAUUUCUUGCUAUUGGAAGUUAUGAUCAGAUGUUGCGUGUUGUAAAUCGUCUAACAUGGAAAGCCUUUGCUGAAUUUUUGCACUUACCUAAUGUUCGUGGUUCCUCGUGUGCAGUUGUCUUCAAGGAGGAAGAUGAGCAGCCUCAGCUUGAUAUUGCAGGGUUGUCUUUGAGUGGUGAUCCUUAUGACGGCAAUUUUGCAGAUGUGUCGGAGAGACAAAUAGGAGUUAAGUAUGAAGUGGCGGAGUUACCAAUUUCUUUGCCGUUUCAGAAGCCUGCCAUGGACAAACCAAACCCAAAACAAGGCAUUGGUCUCAUGGCUUGGAGCAGCGAUAGCCAGUAUAUAUACACACGUGAUGAUACCAUGCCAACUACCCUGUGGAUAUGGGAUAUGCAGAACCUUCAACUUGCUGCUAUAUUGUUGCAAAAGGACUCUAUCAAAGCCGCAGUUUGGAAUCCAACAACUUGUCGCCUAGCUUUCUGUACAGGAAGCUCUCAUUUGUACAUCUGGACCCCUUCUGGUGCAUAUUGUGUAAGCAUUCCUUUGCCACAUUUCACGAUAGUUGAUUUGAAGUGGAAUUCAGAUGGGACCUAUCUGCUUGUCAAAGAUAAAGAAUCAUUCUGCUGUGCUGCUGUGCCUAUCUUGGCUGAAUCUACUGAUUAUAGCUCAGAUGACUGAUUCAUCAGUCAUGGUGAAAGCCGCAUGAUAAUCUUUAUGUGCAGUUGGGGACUGGAGAGGCUUAGAAUUUAGAUGCUCAAGCACCUAAGCUCUAGUGCUGGUAGCAACACCGUGAUUAGUUUUCACUUCUUCCGCAUUGACUAAGAUGAUGGCAGUGUGUCUGUGUCAAUUUAGCAAAGGAGUCAAGAGUGGAGAAACUUAUUGUUGAAGGUGAUGCCACUUCGAUUGCUAACUUACAUUUGAAGUCGUAGCUUGCUUGAUUUGGGGGUCGUAAUAGUCCAUAUCCGUUGGGUAAUUCAUUAGGAUAAGGAGGGUGUCUUCUGACUUCCUUUCGUACUGGAAAAGAAGCCAAACAUCAUGCGCACAGCCUUGCUCACUUUGCGCUUAACAGUACAUAUGUAAUUUAUUACGUAGUUUAUGUCUUACCUUCAAAAGCAAAACAAAAAAAAAAGUUUCUAUGUCUCUUUUCUGUCUUGUUAAAUCUUGAAGUAUUGUGCUGUAAUGGAAGCAGCUAUGAUUUUCUCUAA